ACGCAGUAAUGAAAAGAAUAAGGCAAUUCAUGAGCUGUGUGUGGGGACGAGUAUUCAUAACCCCUAGAGAUGAAGGAAGAUAUAAAGUCAGCCUUGAUCCUGUCGCCGAAAGAACAGUCCAAACCAGAGCAGCGCCUCAAACACCAAAACUGGAAAAUUCUCAUUAUUCUUUGGUUACAUCAAGAUGAAGGAAAUAAAUACCGUCAGCUGUCUGGCAACUCUUCUCUCCCUUACUGCCAGAAUAGCUGCUCACGGCCAUGUCAGCAAUAUUGUCAUCAAUGGUGUCUCCUACCGUGGCUGGGACAUCAACUCGGAUCCCUACAAUUCAGAUCCUCCGGUGGUAGUCGCAUGGCAGACACCGAACACUGCGAACGGAUUCAUUACGCCGGACGAAUAUGGCACGGAUGAUAUCAUCUGCCACCUGGAUGCCACUAAUGCCGAGGGGCAUGCAGUCAUUGCCGCAGGGGACAAGAUCAGUCUUCAAUGGACCACCUGGCCUGACAGCCACCACGGACCAGUCAUCAGCUAUCUUGCAAACUGCGGUUCGAGCUGCGAGACGGUAGACAAGACAACGCUCGAAUUCUUCAAGAUUGACGGUGUUGGCCUUGUUGAUGACUCGAGUGUGCCUGGCACUUGGGGAGAUGAUCAAUUGAUCGCAGACAACAAUACAUGGCUGGUCGAGAUUCCUCCGGAUAUUGCACCCGGAUAUUAUGUUCUUCGCCACGAACUGAUUGCCUUGCAUGGGGCCAGCAGCGAGAAUGGGGCACAGAACUAUCCUCAGUGUUUCAACCUCCAGGUGACCGGGUCAGGUACUGCCGAGCCUUCCGGCGUACUCGGUACGGAGUUGUAUAGUCCGAGAGACCCCGGAAUCCUCAUCGAUAUUUACCAGUCACUGUCCACUUACGAGGUACCUGGACCGACAUUGAUUCCAGAGGCAGUGUCAGUUGUGCAAUCGAGCUCGACCAUCACAGCAUCCGGGACACCCGUGACGGGGACCGCUGCGUCCGCUACAUCGUGAACCGGCUUGAUUGAGAAACUGUGGCUGCGGUCGGCAUGAUAUGGACUCACCCUCCGAUUGGUCUGUAGCAAUGUAGGGGGGAAAUGGAUCAUUGAGUCAAUUCGAAAUCUGCUCGUUUAGCGGCGUAAUUGCUGCUUACACCUUCGCUUCUUGCUUUUCUGGAAGUUUCCUGCCUGUGCAUCCACUUCUUCGUGUGGAUUAGUCGAAUAUUAAAUUAUAAC